GUGAAUUUGAAGCUUCGCCGAAAAAUUGUCCCAAGCCGAUCGCCAACGCUGCACACAACCUUCCCACUUGACGACCACCGCACAAAAUGCUUCUUGGACUUACGAGGUGACGACCGAACCCUUUCUUCUACAUCCACUUGCUAUUUUAUAGUUAAUAAUAAUACUCUUGAACCUCCGAAUUCGCUUCAAACUGCUACAAACCCUUGUGGCCAAUAAACAGGAGGACACCGACUUUAUCUGAUUGUAAUUUGCGAAAGUUACGGCUUAGCAGUGAAGAGCGAAAACUCGCAAUUCUCAGAUUCGAAAGGGAAGGAUUAGACGGUUAAGGGUCAAGUGCAAAGGGGAGACGAAAGUGAAUACAUACGAAGAGCUGCUUAAACGCCCAGACGCCCACAAUGGCAGACUCCCUCCACAACGCGCCCAUUGUACUGGAUAAUGGUUCUGGUACGAUUCGGGCAGGUUUUGCAGGAGACGAUCUACCUAAAUGUUACUUCCCCUCCUUUGUAGGUCGACCGAAGCACUUGCGAGUGCUUGCCGGUGCUUUGGAAGGCGAGGUAUUCAUUGGCCAAAAGGCGGCGACCGAGCUGAGAGGACUCCUAAAGAUAAGAUACCCUUUAGAACAUGGCAUAGUCACGGAUUGGGACGAUAUGGAGAAGAUAUGGGAGUAUGUUUAUAGCGAAGGACUCAAGACUAUCAGCGAAGAGCAUCCUGUCCUCUUAACCGAACCACCACUUAACCCGCGAGCAAAUCGAGAUACGGCAGCUCAGAUACUCUUCGAAACCUUUAACGUUCCCGCCCUAUACACAUCUAUUCAAGCUGUCCUCUCCCUCUAUGCUAGCGGACGUACCACGGGUUGCGUGUUAGAUUCGGGUGACGGUGUCUCGCAUGCGGUUCCUGUGUACGAGGGAUUUGCGAUCCCCUCCUCCAUGCGCCGUAUCGAUGUUGCCGGCCGUGACGUUACUGAAUACAUGCAGACGCUGCUGCGCAAGAGUGGCUACGUCUUCCAUACGAGCGCCGAAAAGGAAGUUGUGCGGUUAAUUAAGGAAGCUGUUUCGUACGUGGCUUUAAACCCUAAGCAAGAGGAGAAGGACUGGCAGAGCGCGAAGUUAGACCAGGGGAAAACGGCAGAGUACGUGCUACCUGAUGGUAACCGACUGCGCGUGGGUCAGGAGCGUUUCCGUGCGCCCGAGAUCCUGUUUGACCCUGAGCUCAUCGGGCUGGAGUAUCCGGGUAUUCAGCAGAUCGUAACAGACGCCAUCAACAGGACAGAUCUGGACCUACGCAAGGCGCUAUACGCCAACAUUGUGCUGUCUGGCGGUAGCACCCUAACUAAAGGGUUUGGUGACCGCCUGCUGAGCGAAGUCAAGAAGCUGGCUGUCAAGGACAUGCGGAUCAAGAUCUUCGCACCGCCCGAGCGCAAGUACUCGACUUGGAUCGGAGGUAGCAUUCUUGCGGGUUUAAGCACGUUCAGAAAGAUGUGGGUUAGCAUCGACGACUGGCACGAGGAUCCUGAUAUCAUCCACAAGAAACUGACAUAACUUCCCUAUCUAUCUCAUUUUUCGGAAACCCAAAAAAUAGAACAAGGAGAUUUCAGAAAUCGCUACAACUCAAACCAUGGAAAGGAGGUCGAUAAGUUACGGAUUGGCGAUCUCCCGGUCCGAGUGUAUUAGAUACGAGGGGAUUUCAUGGUAAGGUAGCAUAGCGUAAGCGUUGCGAGAGACUCAUUUCCACUCUAAGCAGCAGCCCAGAGAUGUAGUAGGUAGUGUAUGGCUGCGAAGGACUCUCUAGCAAGUUGAGGCUCUCGCAAUGUCUGAAGGGAAAGAGAGGAGAGGACGGGAUGGGAAAGGAGAAGCCGGCAAGCUUGUGUGUCAGAUUAUUGGCGGAAUACUUAAGUCAUCUAUGUAGAUGAAUGAUACCCAGGCGUUGAAGAUCCCAUGAGAUGAUGAUAUAUGCCUUACGUGAUAGUGAUGAUGCAUCUACCUUAG